AUGUUACGAUUUCCCGGAGCUGGACCGCUGCAAUUCAAGCGUUUCCUGUUGACGAGUAGCCUUAUUACCGCUGCGUUUUUCUUUUGGCUGAGAUUGAAUCGUUACAGAGAAACCGAAGUAUCUGUAUAUGAUUUUGCGAAUGGUUUCCCUCAAGCUCCUUCGAUACCGCACGAAUCGCGAAGUUCACAAUUAUCUCAUACCAUCGACGCUGCUGCAACAAGUGUAAUAGCACAAUCCAGCCACGCUACAGGAGCAACACUGGUGUCAUCUCCGAUAGCAACAACACAGAAAAACAGUACCGAAAGUAGAGUUGAAAAUGCGACAUUGCUAGCCCUGGCGCCGUUAUACCACAAGGCCAUAUUUGACCCAGGGGAUGAAUCAUUUCCACGACUAAAGUGUCCAUCUUUAACACACAGUCGAUAUGAUUACUUACAGGAUAAACUGGGUAAUGUCGCCUCCGGCGAUCAAAAGUACUAUUUCGCAAUUAAUCUGCACGAUAGCAUUCAGAUCAUUCCGAGAUUACUUGGAUCCGUAGUUGAGACGAUGCGCUUCUUGGGAUUUGAUCGCUGCACACUAUCCAUUAUCGAAGGAAGAUCCGUAGAUGGAACGUAUGAAGUACUGAAGUCUCUUGCACCUGCACUUGGCAAACUCGGAGUAACAUACCAUUUCAACAGCAGUGAUGUAAAUCCAGAAGUUGGUAAUCGCAUUGGUAAUUUAGCAGCUCUCCGAAAUGAUGCACUGGAACCAUUGCGAGCGUCGCCCACAUAUGAGAAUGCAUCGGUGAUAUUCCUCAACGAUGUGGCUAUUUGUAUGGAGGAUAUUCUGGAGCUAGUCCACCAACGCAUAACGCUUGAAGCCGAUAUGGUAUGUGGUAUGGACUGGAAAAACUUGUGGAAAGAUCCUACAUUCUACGAUGUAUGGAUUGCCAGAACUAUGACGGGGGAUUCGUUCUUUGAGGUUGGAGAAGACGGAAAUUGGGAUUCUGCUUGGAAUCUGUUCUGGAGUGACGACAAAACACAACAACGAUUCCAGGAUCAUCUGCCAUUCCAAGUGUUCUCAUGCUGGAAUGGCGGUGCGGUGUUUGGUGCUCGUCCAUUUUUCAAGACUGCGAUUGAGUUUCGUGCUCCCCGGGAAGGAGAGUGCUUCAACGGAGAGCCAGCGAUAUUUUGCAAGGAGUUAUGGUGGCUGGGAUAUGGCAAGAUUGCUGUUAUCCCGACAGUCAACCUCGAGUACUCUGACGAGGGAGCAGAAUUAGUUCGAGAAUUGAGAGGAACACCUUCGACGUUCACUCUCGAAGAUGGGUUGUCGAAGAUUGAGUGGGUGAAAGAACCGCCGGAGAAAGUCAGAUGUGUGACCAACUACGAUCAACAAACUUGGGGAGCCUGGAACGAGUCAAUGCCUGAACCUCCCGCUCAUUCAUGA